AUGUAUCCUCCACUAAAAGGUAGAUUCACCGACCCCCCUCAGGUCCCUCGAGGCACCAAGAUCGUCAAAGUCCUGGUCGGAUCUGAGCAGGAGGAGUUCACCGUCCACAGAGACCUGUUGUGUGCUGCGUCCAAAUUCUUCGACCGCGCGUUGGCAGGACCAUUCAUUGAAGGCCAGACGCAGGAGGUCAGGUUACCAGAAGAACUGGCGCAUGUGUUUACCUUUCUUGUCGAGUGGCUCUACAUUGGUGGAUACCUUGAUACAACAUACCCUUCGCUCGUCCGCAGCCGGCAACGAGAUUUCAAGGACGACUACUAUCUCAAAGUCUACCUGAUGGCCGAUCGCCUGAUGGUUCCGGGCUUGCAGCUCCUCAGCUUUCAACGAAUCCGAGAGAUCUUCGGAGACAAAGCUGCCACACUCCCCAGCCGCGACUUCUUACAUUCUUUGUUCAGUGAAGGGGUGCCGUUAGCAUUACAAAUGCACGUGUUGGAGCAUGCCGCAUAUUGGUUUUUCAAGUCAUCCAAGGACGAGUGGGCGGCUCUUUUCACAAUUUACGACCGGUUUGGCACCGAAAUGGCCCUGGCAAAGAUCCGCAGUGCCGACAACCCAUUGUAUCUUCAUCCUUCCGCAGUGCCGGAUUUCUGCGAGUGCGGUGGAUUCAACUUGGAAGCAUUGGAGAAGGAGGCCCGGCUUUCUGACCAGGCUUUUUCGUCCGGGACCACCAAGAAGUUAUACACCUUGCAACUGACUGCGUGA